UAACGAUAACAGAACGAUGUUUAGUGUGUAUUUACUAUUUAUUUUUUACUGAUAUUUAGAAUUAGUAACAAUGUAAUUACAAGAAAAUAAUUGGGUUAAAAAUAUUUUAUUAUAGCUAAGCGAACACUUACCGAUUUCUCGAUCCUUCUAAUGAAGUACUUCUAAACUCAGACAUGGAUGAAGAUUAUGAAAUUUCCGAUACCGACGGAGAAUUUGCUUUUGAAAGUGAUCAUUUAGCUAUAAGAGGAAAUAAAGAUUAUUCUGAUUUAUUAAAAUAUAUUGUUCAUUUAGAGGCCCAGAAAAUCAAAGCUCUGAAGGAUAUAGAAGAUUUGGCAGAUGCACAAAAAAAGGCUUUGGAAGAUCCAUUGGCAUUUAUUCAAGUUUUAAAAAGUGGAAAAGUAAAUUUUCCUCCUCGGCAAAGUAUUGCUGAUAUUCCUGAUAUAGAGUGGAGUAAAUAUGGUAUUGAGUCAUCAUCUGAUAAUGACAGAGAUACUAAACCAAUUAGGGAAGAUAUAGAUUGUAGUACAAAAGUUAGGGGGCGAACAUUCACCGAUAGUAAACCUGAAACGUUUAAUCAACUAUGGUCAUGCGAAGAGCAAAAGAGAUUAGAAGAGUUAUUAGAAAUAUAUCCCGAAGAACCGAUUGAAGCAAGGCGAUACAAAAAAAUAGCAGAUGCUCUUGGUACACGUACACCUAUCCAAGUAAUGAGCAGAUUACAAAAGUACUUCACAAAGCUAGCAAAAGCUGGUCUACCUAUACCGGGCCGAGCACCAAAACGGGUAUCUAAAGAUCGUAAUAGAUCAAUGUUUUACAAAAAAUCUACAUUUUUCCCUCAACUGCAUGUACCUGUCAAAAUGGAAGAUCCAUAUGACAGCAGUGAGGCUCAAGAAGGUUCAUCUGUUGAUACAAAGUCAGGAAGUAAAUCAAUUAUGGAAUUACUUAGAGCGGCCAAAGAACAGAGAUUGUUAGAUGAGACUUCACCUGUUUAUCAAAUGAAGACAAUGUGUGUGGGGUGUCAAAAGACAGGUUUCCUAGGAGCAAGAUGGACUGAUAAUGCUGGGACUGAUUAUUGUACUGAUUGUGUUGUUAAGCUUUUACCGCCUGAAAAACUAAUACCAGUCAGGCAAAUAACUUGACAUUAGUUUACCUGAUAUAAGAUAUAUAUAUAAAUCUGUAAAUAUAUUGUUCAUUUAUAUAUAUCACAUACAUAUAUAAGCCCAUCACAUUGUAUCGGAAAU